AGCUUGCAACGUUGCCACGUUGAACGGGUCAGGGGUCGGAACGUCGGAGUCUUCAUGAAGGUGCUUCUGUCGCGGUGCUGAAAGAAAAUUCGCGAAGGGGAAAAUUUAACGGAGUCUGGUCACACGUGUGUCAUGACUACGUCGCACGUUAAAAGGCAUCAGCAUGAGCUUCUUCUGUCCACGGAGACGCUUUCGCAUCACCCCUAUGCGAGCACUGGCGGCGUUCUUCCUAAUGCUCGUGCUCUUCUGGUAUAGCCUCAGUCGGCAAGAGAUUCCACGGCAACCGUGUAGCGUGCCCGAGGAGUUCACCGAGAAGUUGCAUGAUCUCGCUUACAGGGCACACUUGGUUCUUACUAAACUGGGCAUCGUUCACUUUCUCUGCCUGGGCGGGCUUUGGGGUCAAGUCCGAAUAGGCCGUGCGCUGCCGUGGGCCCGCAAGGUGGAAUUGUGCUUGGUCGACACGCUCAGGGACGACGUCCUAAUUACGAAAGCCUUCCGCGAGGUCGGCCUGAGCGCAACCUACCUUCACGCAGCGGGUAUCUACAGGAUACAGGAGCACGAGGUCGGCGAAGAUGCGCCCAAGGUGGAGGUGGUCGUUUUCGAGGAGGACGCGGUGACUCAGAUGGUGAGGAGGGUCGGUUGGACCAGGCGGGUCCUACCUCCGGACUGCGAGUUCUCGCCGAGCCUGCAGUGCUUCCCGCCGCAACUGGUGAUACCUCCCUUACCGGCGAAACAAUUCGGCGGCCGGCUGAUGCCGGUGCCUCGGGAGGGUAUAGAGUUACAAAAGUAUCACUACCCCAACGAUUGGUGGCUGGAGAUCAAGCCCACCGACUGCGCGGAGCCCCAAGAUACGAACGUGUAGCUUGCGCUCUCGUAUCGACAAAAAUCGCGACAGACACUGUUGAUCGUCGACCAGAUCGCGACGGCCUUAAUCCCGACGGCCCGGUUAGUUGCGAGCGGCGCCCGACUGCGACCGGCUUCGCGAUCGGGAGUGUUGAAAGGGAUUCCGUCGUUUGGGACUUUAUAACUUAGCUCGGACGCUCGUACGGGACUCGUGCACUCUGGCAAUUAUCUGUCGCAGCCCCGAUCUCGGCCCCGAGGUUGCUCGAAAUUUAACCGAGCCGCUUGCGCAGGGCGGAAGCUUGAGCACUGUGCUCGCGAGCAUGAAGUCUAAAGCAGCGCGUCGUGCCAGGUAGCGAGCGACCGUUGAUCACCGUAGAGCGAUUGCACACGAUUAGACGAUUACGAGUUUAGUUUUGCAGGCUCGGAGGACAAGCGAUUUUCUUGCAAUUCCCCGCAGAUUUCCCGUUCGGUUUCUGUCCCGAAGUGGGAGGAUACGUUCGGAAAAAUUCACGUGUGUUCGGUUGAAACUCGCCACAAUUGACUUUUUCGAUAAUGAAGACGAGAGAAAGAAUCCGCGGAAGAAUGGGAGAAAACCCUGUUUUUCUCCGAGCCUUCAAAAUUAGAAUUACGAGUAUACAAUUGUCGGUUAGAGUCAACGUCAGUUUCUCUCUUCUCAGCCUUCUCCCCGUUCCUGAGAUUCUUUCCUGUCAUUGCCAUGUCAUCACUUCCACUUUUAUACCUCGUACUUUUUUACAUUGGUUCCCCGCGAGAGUCUACUUCUCGUCUACGGUUAAGCAAGAACUUUUAUAAGCCGAAAGUUUUUUUAACACUUACGCGAGCGGUUGAUAUACAGUUGAUUUAAGAUCCUUUCGGUGCGUCCUGUCUCUAUACCGAGGAUUAUCGAGGAUCACUCGAUUCUCUCGAGCUAGUAAUCCUUAAACGCACACAUGGAUUCACACGUCUCCCGUUAGAAAGUUCUUCAUAUAUAAUUAUGUAUUGAAAUGUCCAUAAAAAAAAUUAUUAUAUACACGCAUUUAUGAAUCACCUUAU